GCUCUGCCCACCGGCUGUGUUCGGUCUCCCUCCUGCCACAUCUCUCUUUUCCCAUCUCAGCGUCUGGACAUCACGUCCUCAGCGCCACAGCUCUAAGCUGACAUGGUCGGAGAGUGAUACAAAACACGUGUUGUGAAUCUGUGCGAAGUUACAUGCUAUCACGAAAGUUUAUAUUGUAACUGAAAAGGCUAUUACAGUCCCGUAAAUAUGCCAAUACUGAAUGAAUUAUAUAUUUGAUAAUGAAGUGAGAUAAGAAGUUUUUUUCUGGAAAGGAUUUCUCAGUCCCUGGAUUUCUUUCUGGCGUGACUACAAAGUGUGUGUGUGUGAGUGUGAGUGUGUGUGUGUGUGGUUAGUAUAAGUUGCAAGUAAACUGAUACAACUGACUGCAAGUCUCAAGUUGUAUACACGAUGGCAAGCCAGUGGAUGCUCCAAGUGGCUCGCUAACUGGCGAGGGAAUACUGCAUCUGUGGUCAGUAGUUCUGUGGAUACUGGACAUCAAUGCUUACAGCCUCCUUCACCCUAGAGUAAAAUAAAUCUAGACGAUGAGAACACGACGGAGUGCGUUGGGUUGCAGCAGCAGCAGGAGUGUGUCGGGUGCGGUGACGCUGGUGACGCUUGCGGCCCUACACACCGUGACAGCCGCCUAUGUCCUUGCUGACACGACGGACAACCCCCAGAGGAUGUGGGAUCCUGAGAAGGGUUCGAUCCUGGGGCAGGGCGUGCCUGCCUUUGGACUGGAGAACGUCACAGUAACUAAUCAGACGGCUCAGCUCGGCUCCACCGCCUUUCUUCACUGCCAGGUCCGCAAUAUGGCUGACAAGCAGGUGUCGUGGAUCCGCCGACGCGACUACCACAUCCUCACUUCUGGUCUGCACACCUACAGCAGAGAUGAACGCUUCGGUGUCGUCCGCCCAGAGGACGCCGACGACUGGGCACUACAGAUAAAGUUCGUCCAGAAACGUGACGAGGGAGCCUACGAGUGUCAGGUUUCAACUAAGACGGGCCGCUACGGUUACCUGGUCAACCUGAAGGUGGUGGUGCCGGAAGCUGUCAUCUCCGGCUCCUCAGAACGUCACGUGCAAUCAGGGUCAACUAUCUCCCUUCUCUGUAUCAUUGAGGGGAGCUUGACGCCUCCGCAGUUCAUCUUUUGGUACCACAAUAACAAGAUGAUCAACUACGACCAGUCUCGAGGUGGUAUCACAGUGACGAUGGACCACCACGACCUCACCACCUCCAGACUCACCAUCAACAACGCCAGCCUCAAGGACUCCGGCAACUACUCCUGCAGCGCCAGCAACAUUAAGCCGUCCUCAGUCAAUGUCUUCGUCUCUGAAGGUGACAAGACCGCCGCUAUCCAGCGGCUGGGUUCAGGGAGCCUGAGCGUUACAACAUCCGCUUGCGGCACCUGGGCAUCCCUCCUGCUGUGUGUACAGCUCUUCCUGCUGUGUGUCACACACCUGCUUCUCUCUAACGGAACCUGAUCCUUCCAAGCUGAGUCUUUCUCACACCGUGUGAGCGUCUAGCUUCUGCUGUGUGAGCGUCAACAGCAGCGCUAUGUUCUUAUUCGUUUUGCAUCGUUCCUGCAGUGUUGAUAGAAAUCAUGUCUUUAGCCCUUAUUCCGUUUAAUUUCUGUUACCCCACGAACAGAAUUUUCCUCGUGCGAAAUUUUUUAAUGAUUCGUAGAAAAUAUUUUGUUUUCAGAAAUUGUAUGAAAAAAUUAAUCUUACAAAUUUUUUGGAUUUGUUUAUAAAAGUCAUUUUAUUUACUAAACAAAAGCGUCAAGUGUUAAAAAUGAUUUAAAUGUAGAAGAAAAAUAAAUACGAGAAAUGGCGUACAGGAACCGUGUCCACCAAAAUAAUGGGUAACGGUACCCUGGUGUGGCUCAGGCCUCCCUCUCAGCCCUCAACCUUCAUGGAUGCGUUGACUGUUCCCACACACACACUCAUUAGUAUCUCUUUUGUUGUUAAUGUAAGUACAGUAGCUGUGUCUGAGUGGUGAGGCGGGACUCCUCCUCUCAGUUCUAAAAUCAUUCCAGCUCAUAGUGGGAAUAUUUUGUUAUAUCUGUUGGUGGGUGUUGGUAUGGCUCAGACGGGUCCAGUGAACAUUUCGUCGGAUGUUUCUCUUCUUGACAAAGGUACAUCUGCUCAAACUCACGUCUGUCAAUAAAAUAAACUCUGUGGCUUGUGAUGUUACUCUUGAGUGUACAGAAAAACUUUCUGAAAAUUAUGAGUGUGAAUGAAGAAGUAAGGAACUAGUGAUAUUGUUGUAUUUCGUGUGAAUCAUUCAGCUCAAGGAGUGGUGAGGACUCGAUCCUCCGUCCGCUAAGCGAGGACCCGAUCUCUGACCACUCAGGUUGUUGCUGAGUGGGAAAGACAAAAAAAAGUGAGAUUAAAAAAUUGUGCAGACCAGAUUUACAGUUCAAGGAACAAAUUGUUGUAAUAAAAAUAUCUUACUUCAGUAACUGAGAUUUCUCAGUUAAUGAAAAAAAUUAUUGAUUAGUAUUUUCCGGAGGUGAAUAUCAGUUUAUUGUAAAUAAUUUAUAUUCUAAAUGGUUAAAUAUUUUACUCCCAAGUUAUUUAACCCGUUUAAAAAAAUAUAUAAUUUACCCUAUGAUGACUGAUAAAUUGCUUGUCAAAUUUUGUCCAGGAAGAAAACAGUGUCCAGAACUGUCCUACAUUGGACAAUACGAGUAACAUGUCCCAAAAUACCGACAAGAAACGUAGUAAAAAGGCGCGUUUACUAGACCAAGCCUUUAAUAGAUGACGUUUCGCUCAUACGAGAGCGUUUCAAGUCACGUAAAUUUGACUUGAAAAAGCUACGUUUUGAGCAAAGCGUGAGUGAUAAAAACUUGAUCUGUUGUAAGUCUUUGCAUUAUCCUCUGAAUCCCAGCCCAGCGAGUCCCUCACUCCCGGGAGACAAGGGCAAAAAUGCCAGCAAUUACUGAAAAAAAAGAAAUGCAGAGGAGUUCUUUAUUUGUACAACGUUUCGCCCAACAUUGGGCCUUUUUCAAGUACAUAAAACGUAGUACAGAUGAGUUUCCUCUGCAUGUGUGUCUCUUCUCGUCUGCUCAAACUGUGUGUUAACCUUGAGAGUUUCCGUCUUCGCGAUGUUUUGACAGUGGAGAAACCUGCUUGACUGCCAAUUAUAGCGAAGAAAAGACGAACUUUUAUCAGGAAACGUUUCGCCAACCAGUGGCUUCAUCAGUCCAAUACAGAGAAGAAUGAUUGAGGAUCGGAAGGAGUUUGAGGCAAUCAGUCCCUUAGUCUGGAGUCGAACUGAUGAAAUGAUCACAUCGACUCCAGGCUAUGGGACAGAUUACUACAAACUCCUUUCUGAUCUUCAACCACUCUUCUCUCUAUUGGACUGAGAAAGCCACUGGUUGACGGAACGUUUAAACAGAAAAGUUACCAAAGCAUUGCACAGGUGUCUAAUUCACCACUUUUAGACUACCACUACUUCCGAGCCGCUUCUCAGCCUUUCGUGCUCAUGGUUUAAACAUUUACUUAUCAGCGUCACGAGUCACCCACGAUUGUCAAAAGCAGGGUUGAGACAAUCUCUGUUCCCUCUCCGAGGAAGGAGGUUCGAACAUUUAGCGUUGUCAGCUGCUGCUGCUUAGCGGUGAGAGAAAGGGUUUUCGCAUCACCCGGGUCUGGGAAUCAAAUCUCCUGCCGUAAAAAAAAUAAAAACGAGUCUCCUAAUGGAAUUUUUGGAACGUAAUAUUUUUGGUUAGGAAAUUCUCCUUGUGAAUCUCAAUGAUUCUGGCAGAUUUAAAGAGACGAAUAACCUAAUGUUGUUACAGCCACAGCGUUCUGUGAAUCGUGUGUUCUGUGGCUCCUCUCCCGAUGUGGCCUCUAGCAGGUCAGUAGAAUAAUGGCUUACAAUACCGACAGGAUCUUAAGAUGCAUGUACAGUGGUUAAGUAUCUUUAUUUUCGAACCAUAUCGCCUUCACAGUAGGUUUCUUCAUCUCUGACUUCGAAGUCUAUUUGUGAAGGCGGGAUGUUUUGGAAAUGAGCCAGUGACCACUGGUUCGGAAAUCUUGUUACUGUUAUGAUGCCGUCUUAGUCGUCUGCUCAAGGCUUGCAGAUUGUCGAAUAUUGAGAUGCACAUUGAUUUGCUCCGGUGAUAAUGAUCUCGGUGCUGGUGACCCCCCCAGGGAUGGUGACCCCGGUGCUGUUGACCCAGGGAUAAAGACCCCAAUGAUGGUGACCCCCAGGGAUGGUAAACCCCAGGGAUGGUGACCCUGAUGCUGUUGACCCCGGUGAUAAUGACCCUGAUGCUGUUGACCCCGGUGAUAAUGACCCCAAUGAUGAUGACCCCAAUGAUUGUGACCCCGAUAAGGGUGUCUCGCUGAGAAUCAUGAAGGUCGCAACAAUACCAGACUUCACGACAGUAACGACACAGAGCAGCUCUCAUUGUGAUAAUACACCUGGAGAAAUUGUUAAUUAUAAGAACACCUGGGUAAAUUGUUCUUUAAAAUACACCUGGCAAAACACCUGCUACAAGUGAUAGGAAUAAUAAAGAAUACAAAAACUAGGAACUAACAAUGCGCUAAAUAGGAUCUUUCAUUAGGAGAAAUUUCCUAAUAAAAGGCUCUAAGUAUAGCUUACUUCACCUAACUUCGGUAACGCAUAUGUUGAGAUUGCAACAUCCGAUAUGUGUAAUUGAUGUAUAUGAUUCACCGACAAUAAACAAUCAUUUCCAACAAACUAUUCUGCAUUAUACACACACACACACACACACACACACACACACACACACACACACACACACACACACACACACACACACACACACACACACACAGAUAUAUAUAUAUAUAUAUAUAUAUAUAUAUAUAUAUAUAUAUAUAUAUAUAUAUAUAUGAUUGAUAUACAGUGGUUGUUAGAAUGAUUGAUGUAUGAAAAUGAUGAAAGAAUGAUUAAUGAUUUUUGAUCAUGAGAGUAAUUAAUUUAUGACUGUUGAUUAAUGUACAGUGGAGGUGAAAAUGAUUGAUGCACACUAGUGGAAAAAAUGAUUAACGUAUGUUAAUUGUGAGAAUGAUUAAUGUCUAGUGACGAUAAUGAUUGACGCUUGUGGUGGUGAUGAUUAUUGAUGUAUCGCGAUGACAUUUUUUUGUGUUUUUGAUGUAUGGGGUAAUAAGAAUGAUGACAAUUGAUGAGAAUGAUUCAUGUAUGGUACUGAUGAUGACUGACGUACGGUGGGGAUAAGAGUCACUGAUGUACGUGGAUGGGAAUGGCAUAUAAUGACGAGAAUGAUCAGUGUAUGACAUUGAUGAGAAUGAUCAGUGUAUGACAUUGAUGAGAAUGAUUAGUGUAUGACAUUGAUGAGAAUGACCGGUGUAUGACAUUGAUGAGAAUGAUCAGUGUAUGACAUUGAUGAGAAUGAUUAGUGUAUGACAUUGAUGAGAAUGAUCAGUGUAUGACAUUGAUGAGAAUGAUCAGUGUAUGACAUUGAUGAGAAUGAUUAGUGUAUGACAUUGAUGAGAAUGACCGGUGUAUGACAUUGAUGAGAAUGAUCAGUGUAUGACAUUGAUGAGAAUGAUCAGUGUAUGAGAUUGAUGAGAAUAAUAAUACCUACGUGUGUCCACAUCUGUCAACAAAUGUUACCAUCAUUUUAACGAAAGAAAGAAGUACCAUUCUGAUGGUACCUGAAGCAUUCACUACCAUUUUUGAAGGAACUAGCUACAUUCACUACCAUUCUGAUGGUACUUGCAGCAUCCAGUUCCAUUUCUGACGGAAUUAGUUGGAUUCGUUACCUUUUUAAAGAUAUUAGCAGCAUUCAUUGGGCGAACUAGCUGCAUUCACUACCAUUUUUGCAGGUACUAGCUGCAUUCAAUACCAUUUCAAAGGUACGAACUGCAUUCACUACCAUUCCAAAGGUACUAACUGCAUUCACUAUCAUUCCAAAGGUACUAACUGCAUUCAAUACCAUUCCAAAGGUACUAACUGCAUUCAAUACCAUUCCAAAGGUACUAGCUGCAUUCAAUACCAUUCCAAAGGUACUAACUGCAUUCACUACCAUUCUGAAGGUGCUCACAGCAUUCACUACUAUCCUGGAGGUAUUAUGAGCAUUCACCUCUGUAUUCCAUACAUGGGUCCUCUCGAGGUCCCAAAUGGGUUGUAUAUUAUCACUAACUUUGUCUUUGGUGUUUUCGAGUUCUAUGUAAAUACUGAAAUGAUAUUCCCAUGAGAUUUUGUAUACAAAUAUGUAUUAAAUUGUAUAUUUUAUGAUA